UGAACUGGAUAGACAAGAUAGUAAUAAUGUAAUAAUUUACACUUGUGACUGUGAUUUGUUUAAGACACUACAACUAAUGAAUGACAUAGAAAGGUUAAUGGUUUUGUUCUGUGCUGUUAAGUGUUCUAUCGCCAGAUACAUACAAUUAUAUACAUAAGUCUACAAAAACAAAAAUAGAACGCGAUUGUGAGACAGAUAAAUUAUUUAUAUCAAUCUGGAAUAAUUCAAGCAUCUGAGAAAUCUGUUUACAUAGAGUCUAUGUUAUGAUAAAAGACAAAGCUUUUAAUAGUACUUCUAAAAGACUGACCAUAGAGGAAUGAGCUCUGAAGACCUAACAGAUGAUAGCGGUCAUGAAGGAUCGGAGUCCGAUAAUGAACUACCUGAUGAGAAUCUCAAUUCAAAGAGUAAUAAUAUAUGGAAUUUUAAUGACUUGGAAUGUAAUGAUGAUGAAAGUGAUGAUGAUGAUGGUGGUGGUGAUGACAAUGAUGGUGAUUUGAGAUUUGAUUUUGAUAGUAGUAAUGAAGAGAAUGGUGGUGACUCGGAGUUUAAAGAUGAGUUACAUGACAAGAAUAUUGAUUCAGAUUGUAAAAAUGAUGGGAAUUGCGAUGACUUGGAUUCCGGUGAUAAUGAUGGUGAUGCUGAUGAUGAUGAUGAUGAUGAUGACGAUGACUCAAAUUUUAAUUCAGUGAGUAGUAAUGAUGAGAAUUCCGAAGACGUAGAAACUGCUAAUAGACUGCCUGGGGAGAAUCCUGAUUCAAAGAGUGAAAAUGAAGGGAACGCUGAUGUCUCAGAAUCUGAUGAUGAUGGCGACGAUAUUGAUGAUGAUGAUGAUGAUGAUGAUGAUUCGAAUUUAAAAUCAAAAAGUAGUAAUAAUGGCGGUGACUCGGAAUUUGAGCAUGAGCUACCUGACGAUAGUUUUGAUUCAGAUUGUAAUAAUGAUGGGAGUUGCGAUGACUUGGGUUCUGGUGAUAAUGAUGAUGAUGAUGAUGAUGAUGACGAUGAUUUUAGUUCAGAGUGUAGUAAAGAUGGGAAUGACGAUGAGUUGGAUUCGGAAGUUCUCGAUAAAAAAAUGGAUUAUGUAAGUAUCAUGAAAAUUGACACUAAUCACACUGAUCUCUUCGAAAAUGGAAUAUCUAUAUCAGAUGUCAAUUCUCUUGAACUUGCGGAAAGAAUUAUAAAGAAAAUGGUAGGAAGUGAACGAAAAAGCAAUGAAAGCCCAUCUGGUCCCCCAGCAAAGAAACCUAGAUUAGAACGUAAAGCGGCAGCUGUUCAUGUUUCUACUGGAUACAUUCCAAAAGUACAAGAAUUAAAACUUAAACCACGAGUUAAUCAUAUAUUGAAAGAGAAGGGAAUAUACUACGACUUAAAAAUUUAUCUUGUAGAAGCAGAAAAAGAGUCUUCAUUUUCCCAAACAUUUUCAGAAUUGGUGACGCAGAAAAGUCGUAAAAGGCUUUAUAGAGAAAAGGAAUUAAGUAAAUCUUACAUACUUCUUUUCUACAGAAAUGUGGAAAUCACGCCACGAAAGACAAAAGGUUCUUUCUUUACCCCUGAAAUUUUUGCCGUAACGACUGGUUCAGCACGAUGGAUUGUAUCAAGAUACGCUGAUAGAAAUAUUACCAAAUUGAUAGAAAAAAGAACGCUUCGAUUUGCAAUGCAGUAUGUCGAAAAUAAACCUAUCGGUGGAUAUGUUUCAAAGGAGACGAAGUCGGCGCGACCUGGAUAUGAGAUUAUAUUUACAGUUUGGGACUUUCUCGAUAACUUUAUAGGAAAUCGCACUAGAUGUAUAAAAAAAAAUUCAUCACUAUAUGAAAACUCUUUGGAAGCAUUUCAUACAAAAGACAGAAAACAUAAAGCAACAAAGUUCCAUAUAAGCGGAAAAUCAAUAAAAAUUAUGUGCAAAAUGAAUAUUCCUCAAUUAGGAACUAUAUUGUAUCAGUUUUCCAAAAUAAGCAGGAACAAAAAAUCUUACCUCGCGAAUACAAAUGAACAGGAAAAAGAGGAAAAUAAUCCACAGUUUGAAAUACAAGAUUUUUUGACAAGCGUUACAGAUGAAAAACUUAUUCGAAAGUUAGACAAACACCUAUACAAAGAGCUACAAAGGUAUAUGGAAGGAAAACAAUCCCAUAUAUUCCUCAGUCAUCAGUCAGUGAAAACAUGGAUGUCGGCAGAAGAAUUCAGACUUUGCGCACGAACACCUUCUAAAAAAAUGGAUGCGGAACGGCGAAAUAAAAAGAGGAUUGGUACAUGGUAUGACUAUCCAAGUCUUGACGUAGUCAUGAAAUGUUUGAAGAUACACUGUAGCGGUGAAUUUAAGAAAGAAUGGCUAGAUGAUGUCAGCAUUAAAUUCCGCAGCAUAGAUGCUCCUCUUAAGGAAUGCAUUUUCAGUCAUUUCACUAACCCAGAUAUUGGUACAUACAUAUACAAAUACGGAGUUUGGAUAGAAAUGAAAGCUCAAUAUCUCUGUGAAAUUGAAAGCGACUUCAUGGAAAAAUUGAGUGCACAUUUGCUUGAAACAAGUAAGCUACCACAGCUCCUGCCAUGGAAGUAUCCUGGAGAAAACAGAAAUAAGGAUUUUAAACGUAACAGAUUUGAUAGAAAACAAAUGAAUCCAAAAUGGGAAAAACAUUUUGAAACAAUAUGUGGAAGAGACAACUUUGACAAAGUUUUGGUAGAAAUAGAAAAUAUAAUGAAUGGACAUACUGACAUGAUAUUGGACUUGGAAAAACUAAAAGAAUUAAAUGCAAGAAAGAAAGCGGCACACUUAUACAUGCUUCUUGAAUGUAACCUGAAUGAGGAUGACUACAAUGCAGCGCAUACGUUGUUGAACAUGAUCCGUCCUAGCAGCUCUGACACACAUAUACUUACUUGUGACAAGGAAACACCUCAUGGGAUAGAACUUUGUGACAUUCUGAUAUAUGAUGACAGGACCACCUAUCUUGUGCAUGUCAAAGAUGGGUUUGAUGGCGGUUCUAUCCGAGACGUUUGUUCACAGAUACGGAAUGCUGCUGAUAAUAUUUACCGCAUACAAUCAAUAUCAAAAGGAACAGAGUCCAAAGAAAAAGACCUCAUCGACGAGUACUGGGACAUGCUCACUGAAAACGCAAACAAUUCCAAAACGCACAACAACAAAGUUCAACGAAACUUGAAAAAUAUGACAAAAGAAAGAUUUAAAGAAUUGUUUCACCCACCAACGGAAAUCGUUUUUGUUCUUGCAUGCCGCGAUACAAGAAAAGGCAUAUCAUUCAGUCAGGAAAUACCUAGUGACUUAAAAGUGCGUGUAGCUGAUGAGAUCAGAAAAAAGUUUACAGUACCAUCAGAGUCUUCUGUAAUUAUUCGUAAACUUACCGAAGAAGGAUAUCUGACAGACAAUGAAACUCUUACAGACAAAUUUAUUUUGGAAGGAAAAAACACUAAAGUAAAGUUUACAAAUAAAAUAAAAUGUUGGGGUAUUAUAGGUACACAAAGGAAAGCAAACGAUGUCUUUGAAGCGCUUGUAUCUGGACUGUCUAAGUCCAAAUCUACUAUAGCCAAAAUGGAAGUUAUCCGACUAGUUACAUACUUUCAAAAGUCUUUUGCUGUCAAGGAAAAGUUUCAUCUGAAAAUAUACGAUAUUGGCAAAAACUUUCCUGAUUAAGAGUUAUAUUUUCCAGAACUACUGGAACAACCAACACGACAUAAACGAGAUAUAAUUGAUAAACAGUGUCGUUAAACCUUAUCAUGCUACACACGACUAAUUCUGCCUUUGCGACCAGUGUAGACCAUGAUCAGCCUGCACAUCCAUGCAAUCUGAUCAUGAUCUGCAAUGUCUGCCAUUCAAUCAGUACUUUUAGUACGCACUCCUUUUAACAGUUAAUGGCAAUAUCCAAAUUGAAAGAUGGACAAGUUUAUUAUAGAAAUUUAGCAGGGUAAGGGUUAAAACUGUGCUAAGUGUUAAACAAAAAUUGGAUGUAUUAAUAUGGUGACAUGUAAAAAAAAUAAUUCCGUAUAUCAGUUUAAUAUCAAAAGUCAUUAAUUCAGUAAUAUUGAAUAUAAAUUGAUUAUUUUUUAAAAAAAAUGUAUCAUGUAUGAAUAUGGUUUUACACAUAGGAAUGCCGGUAAAUUAAUAUACUCUCUGAAGUGAAUGAAUAGUCAGUUAGUGUGGGACAUUUUAUCCCUCAUAUAUUAAAAUACUUUGAAAGUAUGGAAGUACUAAUGGAUGUUAUUUGUCAUAAGCUUAUGUGUAAAUCAUUCCUUCCUGCCCAUUCCGUGUAACGUUGUACAUAAUAUAGUUCGAAUAUUUACGGACCUGAUAUUCUUUCGUGAGCUUGAUAUCAAGAAAAAAAUAAGCUCAAACACAUGUAGCUAAUGCAACGUUAUAUUCAGAAAAUAGAAGCUACAAGAUGUGACACCAAGUAACAAUAUUACACAGCAUUCCCCAGAAGCUUGAAUAUGUGUGAAGCUUGAAUCGGAAGAAGUUUGAUAUUCACGAAUUACAAUGAAUUCAGACAUUAUUGUUAAUAGUUUUGAAGAAUGUAAGAGUUUCAGAGAUACAACCUAGACUAUAUAUCCUGUGAAAGAAUGAAAGCUUAUUAAUUCGAUAAAAUUGAUGUUCAAAAUUUCUGUGAAGGUCUUGCUUUUUAUGGCACAUACAAGGUACCUGUAGCUUGCUACCAAAUAAAAUCAAGAACAAAGUCCAACAACUAAAGUCAUAUUCACAGAGUGCAGUCACCCACACAGCAUUCUACAUAGAAACAGGAGUACGUUGACAUGCAUACACGUACACAGCGACUGAGCAAAUGUACAUAUUAAGACAAAAGAAUGCAACAAAAAUAACACAGAAGUAAGAAAUAGACACAAACCUAGCUGAACAAGGACCACAGAAGGGAACCACAUUUUAACACCUGGUAGAUACCUGUAUGCUUCCAUACGAUAUUUCAAUAGAUAUUUCUAUUAUCAAACAGUUCUUGUCUUCGCUUUUCUGUAGUUUACCUCUGAUCUAUGUCAUCAUCUGCUCUUGGGAAAGUACUGGGAGAUUUGUUUUCCUUGUGUAUCAUGAUCUCAUACAGAGAGUUCCGUCAUACUGGCUGAUGCGUUGCUUCGGUCUUACCGAUGUUACGAGAGAACUGUUCAUGGUUUGUUUAGCAUAUCAGGAUUUAGAGCGCGGUUAUCGUUGAAGGAUUGUCACCUUGGAUUGAAGAGCUUUUCGUCUGUUUGAUAUCUAAUUGUGAUUUCUGGGUCGUUUUUAUAUAGAAUGCAUCGGACAACAGAGAACAUCCUACUGAAAAAAUUGAAUAAGAAUACAACUUCUGAAAUCGUUUCGCAAAGGAAAGUUGGGGAUGCCUUACUAUUGUAAAGAACCAAGGCAUUCAUGCCAUCGCAAAAUAAGUGGAUAAUGGCAAUAAAUCGAUAUGGCCAUCAAAAUAUUUUCAACUCCUUCCUGACCCAUCGUUUCGGGGAUAUCUGUUUAUUAACAUACACCUUUCCACAAACUAUCGAAGUAAAAGCGAUGAGGUAGACAAUGCAAUGUCCAGCAUCCAUUGCCUACAUUUAAACAUAGUCAAAGAAAAACACAGCCAACAGGAAAAUCUGGACGAAGAAGUGUCAUCGCUCAGCAUCGCCAUCACGACCUCUGCUCAUGGGCAGAUGAUAACUAAAACUUGCACAAAUCUGUCUAAUCAAAAUCUGGGGCAAACACGAACAGGAAACAUAUUGCGCCUUACAUCCACAACUUUAACCUUCUUAAAGCAAACAAACCCAGAGCGAAUGUCAGUGCGAAAGAAUGCAGUGUCCUGUAUACUGAUGGCAUAUUUAAGCACAGAGCCAGAGCAAACAUGUAAUGAAAAGGAUACAGCCCUCCACAUCCACCGCUAGAAAUAGAGGUGACGCAGAAGUAAACUCACACAUAACAGUGAUUUGCAUCCACAAACCCAGUGAAAACACAACCCGAAACGACAGCCGAUGAAACUCAAAUCUAUAUAAUGAUCCGUUGAAUGCAUAGAACACUUGGUUUGAUUGAGGAAGUAAUAAGUGCAGCACCGCUCAAGAGCCCCUAGUACUGCUCGAACAGAGUUCUAUUACAAAGUAAAAUGGAAUCGAUUCCAUGACAUGACCCAGAAUUAUAAGAAAAAUAGCAAACAUGAGUUCGAGUACGCGAGGCGACAUCUUAUCGUCGCCGAACUUGUGACAGCUAUUCAAAUUUAUGAGAAUACAUUUAAAUCUCAAAUGCCUAUGUCCAAAUGUACAGGAAGAAGUAAAACUUAAACAGAAAGUUAAUCGUAUAUUGAAAGAGACGGGGAUAUACUACGAUUCGAAGCCUUAUCUUGUAGAGGCUAAAGAGGAGUCUUCAUUUUCCAAAUCAUAUUCAGAAUUGGGGACGCAGAAAAGCCGUAAAUGGCUUUAUAGAGAAAAGGAAUUAAGUUAAUAUUAUAUACUUCUUUUUUACAGAAAUGUGAAAAUGGAGUCACAAAAGACAAAAAGUUCUUUCUUUAGCACUAAAAGAUUUGCCGUAACGACUGGUUCUGCCCAAUGGAUUGUAUCAAGAUACGCUGAUAAAAUCCCCAAAUAAAUAGGAAAAACGCUUCGAUUUUCAAUGCAGUAUGUCGAAAAUAAAUCUGUCGGUGGAUUUCGUCAGCGCGACCUGGAUAAGAGAUCAUCUUUACAGUUUGGGAUUUUCUCGAUGACUUUAUAGGAAAUCGCUUCAGAAAAUUCAUCACUUUAUGAAAUUUCUUUGGAAGCAUUUCAAUCGAACGACAGGAAACAUUAAACAUCAAAGUUCAAUAUUAGCGGAAAAUCAAUAUAAAAAGUGUGCAAACUGAAUAUUCCUCAAUAAGGAUCUAUAUUGUAUAUUUCUUCCAAAAUAUAUAGGAACAGAAAAUCUUACCUCGCGAAUACAAAUGAACAGGAAGAGAAAAAUAAUCCACAGUUUGAAAUACAAGAUUUUUUUGACAAGCGUUACAGAUAAAAAAAAACUUAUUCGAAAAUUAGAUUAACACCUAUACAAAGAGCUUAAAAGGUAUAUGAAAGGAAAACAAUACCAUAUAUUCCUCAGUCAUUGAAAACAUGGAUGUCGGCAGAAGAAUUCACACUUCGCACACGAACACCUUCUAAACAAAUGGAUGCGGAACGGCGAAACAAAAAGAGGAUUGGUACAUGACAUGACUUCCAAGUCUUGACGAAUUCUAUAAAUGUUUGAAGAAAAAUGGUAGUGAUGAAUUCAAUAAAGAAUGGCUAGAUUUUGCCAGCAUUAAAUUCCGCAGUAUAGAUGCUACCCUUAAGAAAUGCGUUUUCAGCCCUUUCACUAUACCAGAUAUUGGAACUAUAAAGAUUGGGUAGAAACAAAAGCUCAGUAUCUCUAUCACAUUGAAAGCGACUUCGUGGAAAAACUUAGUGCACAUCUACUUGAAACCAGUAAGAUACCACUGCUUCUGCCAUGGAAGUAUUCUGGCAAAAUCAGAAAAAAAGAUUUUAAAAUUAACAGAUUUGAUAGAAAACAAACAAAUCCGAAAUAAAAAAAAAACACUUCGAAACAAUAUGAGGAAGAGAUCACUUUGACAAAGUUUUAGUAAAAAUAGAAAAUCUGUUGAAAGGACAUACUGAAAUGACAUUCGACUUAGAAAAACUAAAAGAAGUGAAUACACGGAAGAAAGCGGCACACUUGUACAUACUUCUUGAACGUAAUCUGAUUGAGAAUGGCUAAAUUGCAGUUCAUAUAUUGUUGAACAUGAUUCGUCCUAUGACAGAUGAUGACAGGACCACCUAUCUUGUGCAUGUCAAAGCUGGGUUUGGUGGUGGUUACUAUCCGAGAAGUUUGGUCAUAGAUACGAAUGCUGCUGAUAAUAUUUACCGCAUGCAAUCAAUAUAAAAAGAAACGGUCCAAUGAAAAAGAUCUCAUCGACGAGUACUGGGACAAAUUCCAUGAAAACGCAAACAGUUCCAAAACACACAACAACGAAGUUCAACGAAACUUGAAAAGUAUGACAAAAGAAAGAUUUAAAGAAUUGUUUCACUCACCAACGUAAAUCGUUUUUGUUCUUGCAUGCCGCGAUACAAGAAAAGGCAUAUCAUUUAGUCAGAAAAUACCUAGUAAAUACGUGUAGCUAAUGAGAUCAGAAAAAAGUUUCCAGUACUAACAGAGUCUUCUGUAAUUAUUCGUAAACUUACCAGAUUUAUUUCGGUCUUACCGAUGUAACGAGAGAACUGUUUCAUGGGUUUUUUAGCAUAUCAAGAUUUAGAGCGCAGUUAUCAUUGAAGGAUUGUACCUUGGAUUGAAGAGCUUUCCGUCUGUUCGAUAUCUAAUUGUGAUUUCUGGGAAAUUUUUAUAUAGAAAACAUCGGACAACAGAGAACAUCCUACUAAAAAAAAAAUGAAUAAGAAUACAACUUUUGAAAUCGUUCCGCAAAGGAGAUUUGGGGAUGCCUUACUAUUGUAAAGGACCAAAGCAAAAUAAAUAGAUAAUGGCGAUAAAUCGAUAUGGCCAUCAAAACAUUUUCAACUCCUUCCUGACCCUUCGUGGCGGAGAUAUCUGUUUAUUAACAUACACCUUUCCACAAACUAUCGAAGUAAAAGCGAUGAGGUAAACAAUGCAAUGUCCAGCAUCCAUUGCCUACAUUCAAACAUAGUCAAAGAAAGACACAGCCAACAGGAACAUCUGGACGAAGAAGUGUCACCGCUUAACAUCGCCAUCUACGACCUCUGCGUACAGAGAGAUGAUAACUAAAGCUUGCACCGGUCUGUCUAUUCUACACAAAGCCUGGAUUUAACACGCACAGGAUACAUAUUGCGUCUUGCAUCCACAACCUUUAAAGCAAACAAACCCAGAGAGAAUGUCAAUGCGAAAGAAUGCAGUGUCCUGUAUACUUAUUGCAUAUUUAAGCACAGAGCCAGAGCAAACAUCUAAUGAAAAGGAUACAGCGCUCCAAAUCCGCCGCUAAAAAUAGAGGUGAAGCGAAAGUAAACUCACACAUAACAGUAACUUGCAUCCACAAAAACCCAGUGAUAACACAGAACCGGAACAAUAGCCGAUGAAACUAAAAUUUAUAAGAAGAUCUGUUGACAGAAUAGAACACUUACCCAGAAAUAAAUCUAUAAGAAGAUCCUAUGAAAUCAGAGAACACAUAUUUAGAUAAACAAUAGCAGGCUUGGUUUUACUGAGGAAGUAAUACGUGCAGCACCGCGCACGUCCCCUAGUACUGCUCGAACUUAGUUCUAUUACAAAGUAAAAUGGAACUGAUUCCAUGACAUGACCCACAAACAAAAAAUGAGUUCAAGUACGAGGCGACAUCUUACCGCCGGCAAACUUGUGAAAGUUAAUCAAAUUGAUGAGGAUAAACUUAAAUCUCAAUUGCCUAUGUUCGAAGACGAAUGAAACAGAUUUCCAUGCAUCGCCCGCGUCCCCACAUUAUACACUUCUGCCUGGUAACAAAGCUGACAAGAAAUGCAAUAGCUAAAGCAUGCAAAGCCCGGAUUCCGUCUAUUGUGUAGGGAACAGGAGUACAUGCCGAAAGGAAACCAUGCCAAUCCCUGAAUUUAAGCACUCUAAGCAGUCAUAGAGCAAGCCGAAGAGAAAAAUAUAGAGUUCUCUUAUCCACCACUUAUCUAGGCUCCAUUGCUCUGGAGUCUGGACGAAAGCCCAAGAGAAGUCAUAAACACCCUACCUGUACACAGAUCCAAAAUGGAAACCGUUAUGAAACAAUACUACCCACUACUUCAGCAUAAGCAAACAAGAAACCAUUCGUCGUUUCUUGUCUUUUUGCAUGCUUAGGCAAAGUAUCGAUACGAAUGCCGAUAACUCUGCCUAGGAGCAAGUUGAAGCGUAACCAUACUACGAUCUACCUUAUACAAUCUUCACUGACCCAGGACCGGGAUUAAAUUAAAAAAUGCAUACAGAUUAUCUUAAUUCCCUAUUUUGUACAGACAAACUCUGAGCAAAAUCCGACUGGAAUUCUUACACAUUAAUGCAUUCGUCACCUUUGGCAGAGAAAGAGCACAGCGAUAUGCAUAUUUAACAUGGGAACGAAAACGAUGCAAAAUUCAAAACUCCAAAGAUGUUGUGUCUUCUUCUGGCACCCUUACCUAGGCACUGAGUAGGAGCGAUCAAAACUCAAAUCGUUUAGAAAAUAGAGAGCAACCAAGCAAAAACGGUCAAAGUUUAACUCUUAUGAAGUUAAUGAACUUAGUGAUACCUAAAGAUCAGAAAUGAAUACAACACUAUGUUGAAUUUCAUUCGAGGGUAUACCGGCACAGUUCCUAUGUAAACCACUAUAACCGGUACUAAUCUUGUGAACAACGCAAGACUCUGGACCCACCAUCUUCAUGUAUGCAUAAUACACUAAUAUUCUAAAACUUUACCCAGCGCCUCGGAUCCACCACUUCUAUCUGGGAUUAAAAUAAGAAAUAAGGUUAAAGGAACUGCCUCUUUAUUGAAGUCAAAUAAUAUCAUUUCAAAACAUAUGUCAUUUUUUUUAAUAUUAAAAAAAUGAUUUGACAUGGAUUCUUCGUGUUGAUAUUGUUGCCGUCUUCUACAAAAUACGCUGAAAUGUUACUGCGUUUUAUCACGAGUGACUAACGUAAUAAAAGGAUUUUCUAUACAUAUGAAAAAUUAAAUAUUUUAAAUAAGCAAUACUUAUGGUACAUAUGGUGCUUACAUUUUCAAAAAUGUUGACGUUGAUCAAGUGGCUAGUUUUCAAUAUUAAAAAGAAAUACCUUAAGACUUUUUGUAACCAUUGUAAAAACAAUCUGCAGAAGGGAGAUAAAGUCCGUGUUCAUGCGUGCAGACCAUCACACAUCGUAAGCAUUUUUGUACCUUUUUGGUAGUAUUGUUUUUGCUUCAAUGUGAGUAUAUAUCAUUGGAUUCAAUUUGAUGUGUCACAUUAUUAUUAUCAACUGUCGUUAAUAUUAUGUUUUAGAAUUAAUUCAUCUGUAUUAUUAAGAAUCAAAAUAUUUUGUAGAAAUAUUCCGUAUUGUAUAUAGACAUUGUUUUUAAAUUUGGCUUGGAAAAGUAUUAACUUCCUGAACGUUUUUUUUGCUACUUUUGUUCUAUGCUUUCAUAAAAUUUUGCAUAUUAUUUGUUUAGUGUAAAUCUUUCUAAAUUAUACAAUCAUUUUUUAUUUUCUUGAACAGUUUUCUUUAAGAAAGAAACAAAAUCUAGGAUAUACAAAUCCAUUAUUGCUCCUUCCUUCACGAACAAGACGUGGUAUAUUGCUUUAGUGUUUAGCUCAUGUCCGUUGGGUCGCUGCUUAUUCGGCUAAUCAUUCUGUGUCCUAUCAAUUCUUUGAGACAUAUAGCUUUGUACCUGAAAUGCUCCUCAUAUUGAGGCAACGUGUCAUGUGCAGAACCUAAAUUCCUAACCCCAAGGCAAGGUCACACUCAGAGGUCUACGAUUAACAGGGUUUGUUUCGUGUCUGACUCAUAACUCAGUCAUUCAAGGGAUUUCAAAAUUACUUGAAACAAAUUUUCCCCAUAAUGAGACGAUGUGUCAUGCGCAAGGCCCGGACCCUUAGAUCCAAGGUCAAUUUCACACUUGGAGGUCAUAGAGGUCAUAGGUUGAGCAUCAGUUUCAUGUCCGGUCCAUAACUCUACCAUUCAGCAAGAGUUUUCAAAAUGUUCCCAAUUAUCAGAUGAUGAGUCAUGUGCAAGACCCAGUCCCCUGUCUCAAAGAUCACGGUCAUACGUAGAGGUCAAAGAUAAUAGAUCUAUAGUUUUUUUUGGUUUCGUCAGUACAUUGCAUGGGUGGAUAUUAGAUAACUUGACACAAUUAUUCACCAUAACAAAUUGAUUUGUUGCACUCUAGCUCAAGGUUGAGGUCACCUUUGGAGAUAAAGUAUUUUUGGCAUUUUUUGGCUAGUCUGUGUUUUGUUAGGCAUGGGCGUAUAUUUAUAUAACUUAGCAUCAAUAUUCACCAUUACAAGACAAUGUGUCAUGUGCAAAGGCCAAGUAAAGUUUCUUUUCUUGUUGGUACAUGAGUGAACUUACCUGCAUUUUAUAUGAUAAAAGUACAAUACAUAUGUUUACAUAUCAGUUUUUUCCAGUUAUUUAAAAAUAAAAUUAUGUUCAAAGUAAUAUGAUGAGUAUUGAUAUAUUUAAAAAGCUGUUAACAAUUGUAGACUUAAGAAUGCAAACCCAGACACAAGUUAUAACUUUUGGUAUAGUAUUAUUAUAAUUGCAAUACAUUAGGUUGAUUUGUAGAGCAGCUCUGCAUUGACCAACACUGGUCAUGCAUUUCAAUUAUUUAUUAAUUACCUCCCAUUAAUAUUAUCAAAUAUUUCAUUAUAUUUCUAUUUAUUUUUUAUCAACAAUUUAAAGAUAAAAUCAUAUUAAAUCUCUAAUUAAUAAAAUACAUUUGAAAGCAUUCACCAAUUAUAGAUUUUCAAACAUUUUAAAACUUCACAAAUUCUUCAUGGAUUAUGUGAUAUAAAGUAAUAAUUUAUAUACAUUGAUAGUAUGUUGCCUCCCCUUCCUCAACGCUCCACGUUUUAGAAGAAAAUGUCCCUAGGCGGGGAACGUUGGUAACUCUUUUGCAAGUUCUUGUUAUUUUUAUUUGACCAAAAUUUAUGUUACUGAAAGUUAAUACCCAGUUACCUGCGAUAAAUUUAUGUACUAUAGAACAUUUUCUAUGCACACAUGGUACAUGUGUAUCUUUGUACAUUUGCUUCUGUAAAAGAUAAUUAUUGUUAUAUGUAGUUUUUUUUAUCAAACAAAUGCAAAUCAUAUUUCGAUACUAAUUGCUAGGAGUGGCGUUCGAAAAAAAAGUGUAACCAGUCUUCGCAUUACGUUAGACUAAGGAUUGGAACACAGUUACUUUUACCUACCGUGUGCUUUUUCGGGCAGUCGAGUUCAGUGAAUACUGAAUUUUUUUAGAAACGUACUACUGGUUCACAGCUUUUAAUCAACUGUAAAUGUAUACGAUAUCAUGUAUCAUUUAGUGUAUUAAAACAUAUGUAAUGAUAAUCAAUUUGUAUUUAUUUUGUACAGUUAUUUUGUAUAUUUUUUUACUACACAGAUUAGCAUUCCCAUAUCAGUCAUAUUUUUAAUAUCUGAAGUAAAUUAGAUAUUUUAGUGACUGUUUCGGAAUAUUGCAUUUAUAAAAGGUAAAUAAAAUCUGGAAAGUAGAAUCCCUCGGAAGCACCGAGAGCAAGCUACAAACUCAUGUGUAUUGCAUCCUAGUGAAUUCCUAGUUCAAUUUGUCUGGAACUGUUUCGUUUAUCAAAGUUUAAUUAUCAUAUGUGAUUAUUAAUGACACCGGCUCUUUUUGAAGUGACAAUUUUUCAUCUUUUUCAUUACAAUAUGUUGACUUUAAAAUUGAUAAUUAAAAGAAUUAGAGGCUGAAAUUUCAUGAUUUUAUGUUUGCGGGUACAAUAAGUUUUGGCAAGCUAUAUUCUUGUAAUUGUAACCGAAAUUGUAGGUGAAUAGUGAACAUUUAUUGAAAGAAAGCAAAUGUGUAAAUACUGAAUUUUCUACAAUAUUCAUAAGAAUUUUACUUUUCUUUCAGACUACAUUAUCAUAUGUUUUCUUUUUAUGUUAAAAUAAAAUCCAAUACUUUUAAUAUAUUUUGUCUUUAUCUUUUAAAAUUCUGGUGUGCUCAUUAAAUAGGAGAAAUAACAAGAGGGCUGAAAUUUAGUUUAAUGAUAUUUCGUUGUGACAUUCAUAAUACAAGUGUUGACAUGCCAAAGUUCAGAAACAUACUUUUAUGUAAUGUCUUAGAUAUUGGCAAAAGAACUAAGUGUUGCGUUAAAAGAUUUGUUUAUUCAUUUAAAAAAUAUAAAAAUAGAACUUCAUUGUAUGUAUAGGACAUAAAACUUCAAAAUUGCUGACGUCAAUCAAAAAGUGAGCCACUUAAAUGUUAAAAAGAAAUACAGCACUUCUGGUUACUAUUGUUUGUGUUAUCUGAUCAAACAAACUGCAUUCGUCGAGAAAGAAAUCACAUCUAAGUUGAAAGACAUUGAUUUCAUACAUUAUAAGCAUUUCUAGUAUUUUAUUUUGACUAUCCAAUACAAUUCGUAUACAUGUGCCAGUCUCAUUAAUAUAUAUUUUUUUUUUUAUUGUAAAUACUUUGUCUGAAAAGUCAUGUACAUUUUGUAGAAUCAAAUCUUUGGGCUUCUUUUUAAAAAAACAAAAUGCAUUUUAUAUCUUAGACUUGAUAUAUGCUUUCAUUAUAACAUACAUUUAAUUCGGCCCGCCCGCUUAUCUCAGUAGGGAGAGCGUUGGUCUACGGAUCACGGGGUCGCGAGUUAGAUCCUCGGGCGGGGCGUAUGCUCUCCGUGACUAUUUGAUAAAAAGACGUUGUGUCUGAAAUCAUUCGUCCUCCACCUCUGAUAAUUCAUGUGGGGAAGUUGGCAGUUACUUGCGGAGAACAGGUUUGUACUGGUACAGAACCUAUGAACACUGGUUAGGUUAACUUCCCGCCGUUACAUGACUGAAAUACUGUUGAUAAACGGCGUUAAACCGAAAACAAACAAACAAACAUUUAAUUCGAUUACUUUGAACUGAAACUUUUUUAUUCCUUUUCUAAUUCUCAUUUUACAGUUUAUGAUAUGAAAGAGAAAAAGAGAAUAUUUUUUGUUACAUAAAUAUAUCAUGUAUCGCCAUCUUCCCCUUCGAAGGAGACGGGUACACUAUUAAAUUUUUGUUUUGUUGGGUUUAACGUUGCACCGACACAAUUAUAUGUCAAAUGGCUCCAUUCCAGCUUUGAUGGUGGAGGAAGGAAGACCCAAGGUGCCCCUUUAUGCAUUAUUUAAUCACGAGUGGGUACCUUGGUAGAACCACCGACCUUGUAUAAGCCAGCUGGAUAGCUUUCCCUUAUGAGAAUUCAACGCCUCGAGUGGCUCUCGAACCCACAUCGGUGAAGGGUAAGUGAUUUGAAGUUAGCAACUUUAACCAUUCGGCCACGGAGUGCACCUGAUACAUUAUUUAGCACACGUCGAUCAGGUCGUUGGUUUGCCGGUAAAUCAUGCAAUGUCCAAGCAAUACAUUGAGAUACUUGGCGUCCAUGAAAUGAGUCUGCAACAUUUUCACUUUUGUCUUGUUGGGCGAUCUGUGGUUUUCCACUUUGUCUGUUUUGAUGUCUUAUGUUAAGAUCACACUGAACUGAAAUGGAAACUGAUAAUGUUCCACGAUAAAAAAAAAAGAUACAGGAUGCUUGGGUCUACGGCCGUAAAACUUCACAUGAUGAUUGCCUCUGGUAAAAAAUACGACCCCUGCUGCUUUGGAUCAGUUUUGUAAAGAUCAAGGUCACAGUAUCCACGGAGGUGAAAACUGUUUCAGGACAACAUCCAAAGAAGGCUUAGGUAACGGCUGUCAAACCUGUCAUAAUCAUUGUCCGUUACCCCGUAUUGUUAUGAGAGUUAGCUGUCCAAAGUUCGAGGUUUAUGUAGUUGAUGGAACAGCUUAAUUUAAACACUAGCUCCAACUCACCAAACUACUUUUUUACACUGUUAGGAAAUGGAAGAUGAAAGUACAUUUUUUUGAAAAAUAAAAUUAGUCUUGAGUAACUGAGUUUUGCUACUUAGAAUAUCUUAUUAUAUAAGUUGCAUACAACACCAUUGUUGAAUUUUUGUGAUAGUUUGUUCAAUUGUAUACAUUGUACAUGUACAUGUAUUGCGUGUUGUUAUAUUGAUCUAUAAAUCACCUAUUAUAUUUAUUUGUUUAAUUACAAAUAUUCUUUUUUCUUCAGAAAACCAAAAAAAAGAAUGUUAUAUUAUUUUUAUUUGGUAAAUAUUUACUACAUUCAUGCGCAGUGUGCUUUUUUAAGGCGACGUCUGUUUUUUAGAAACAUACAACUGGCUCACCGUUUAUCUGAUGAAUUUUAAAGUAUAUGGUAGUAUGUAUAAGAUAUGUGUUUUAAAAGUAUUGUAUGCAUUUUAUGUAUUUUGUAAAUUCGGCCAAAUGUUUUACCAUGAUAUUUAUAUUGGCGGUGUGUGUUUGGAAAUAUUAAUCUUGCUUGAUUCUUAGUUCAGUUUGUAUGAAAAUGCGUUGUUAGUCGAAAUUUCUAUGUGUGAACAUGACUAGACAUUGAUGGCUCCGUGUAUUUUAAAGUGACGGUUUUUCAUUUUUUUUCAAUACAACAUACUGACUUCAAAAUUGAUAAUUGAAAAAGUUGUUAAUGGUGGUUGAUAAUACAUGAUUUUUUGCAUGUGGGUUCAGUAAGGAUUGUUUGAAGUUAUGGCAAAAUUCAGCACAUUUCUUCUAUGGACGGAAAAGAACUGGAAUAAAUUGUUAUAAAUAAUUAUUACUUUAGACUAGAAUUUGUAUUGUAUUUAGCCUUUUAUCUUGUAUUUUGUUUUAUUUUCUUGUUUUGUGUUAAGAUAUAGCUAAGCAUUAUACAGUACAACCUCUCCAGAGUGGCCCUCUCUUAAGCAAAAACCUCUCUAUAACAACAUCAUCAAAAUUUACCUAAGCUGAAAUAUAUUAUCAAAUUUACCUCUCCAGAACAACAACCUCUACAUAACAGUCAAUAUCUGUAUCUCCCAAAGGGUGUUGCUCUACAGAGGUUGCACUGUACACUUAAAUAUUUCUUAUUGAUUAUUUUAGUUUGAAAUAUUGAUUUUAGAUAAUAUAUUGUUAUGUAUGUAUGUAAUGUUAGCGUGUGUGGAUGUUAACUGAGGGUACAUUUUUGUCAUUUGCAGGUUGAAAUCAUUCUUCUUGUAAGAGUUGUUGCUUACAUUAAAAUUGCAACAUAGCAUUUUACUAUAACAUUGCUUGGACAUUUUACUGCAGCAUUCUGGAAUGUUAAAUUUUGAAACUACAGUUGGUGUACCUCAAAAAGUAAUGUUUUUCUAUCAAACUUAAUCUGCGCUAAAGUACUUUAUUAAGAAGUUUAACAUUUUAGUGUUUCACAUUUCAAAUAUUGGACCCUUUUCAUCUGAAAACUAUUGAAAACGCAUUUAAGGCAUCUGCCGUUUUGUAAUUUAGCCGAUUUUGUUUUAAAGUAACUAUUGGUAUUGUUAACUUUAAGUCCUCAAUGUUUUGUAACAUCAAAUGUCAGAAAUGUAAGGAUAAAAUAAGCUAAUGUAUUUUGAAUUCUUGUUUUAAUUGCGACUUAUUUCCGAGGAGCGUAACACUUAAUAUGAAAGUAAUAUACACAAUGAAGUUUUGUAUAUACAGUACAACCUCUCCAGAGUGGCCCUCUCUCAAGCAAAAACCUGUCUAUAACAACAUCAUCAAAAUUUACUUAAGCUGGAAUAUAUUAUCAAAUUUACCUCUCCAGAACAACAACCUCUACAUAACAUUCAAUAUUUGUAUCCCCCACAGGGUGUUUCUCUACAGGGGUUGCACUGUAUGUUUAUUAAAAGGCACAAUGGAAUUUUUUGAUAUCUUGAAAACCUGAAAAAAACAUAUUCAUAGUUGUUGCUUUUUUGUUCGCUUUUUAAAUAGUUCUUGAAUGUGCAUUAGCAGUAUUUUGUAAUAGAGUAUUUCAGCAUUUUUAGCUUUAAUAGAGUUUUAUUACAAUGAUUAGCAGCUAGAUUAGUGAUGAUGAAGGGGAUAUUAGAACUCUAAAGCAUCUGGAUAAAAUAAUGCUUUUAAGGAUCUUUGUUAAUUUUCAAAAUGUGAAUUGUUUUGAUAUUACUUGUUUAUAAUAUUUAUGUUAUAUAUCAAGAUAUGCUAAAGUCUUAACGCAACUGGACAAAAUGAUGCAUUUAGAGCUGUUUGUUCAUUUUCAAAACGUGUAUUAUUUUUAACAUUAUUUGCGUGUAUUCUAUAUUACUAUUAGCAUCAAAUAAAAUCACAUGAAUA